GAGUGGCUAACAGCAGUGUUAGGUUUUAAAUCCACACGUGGUCUGGGUCUUGGGCUUGUUUAGCACCACAUCCUCAACUAGAAACUUCUGACCAACUCAUGCCAGCGUUGCCCACGGCUAUCACUGCGGGGGCAGACGGAAUCGGACGAAGCUUUUGAUAACUCACCAAAAUGCCAUCUUACAUGCUCAGCCAGUUUUCUGACCUGGAAGAGAUGAUGUGCAAGUUAUUGAAUCUCGACUUGAGGGAGCAGAGCAGGCCGAUACCAUCCCUCAGUGUGGCGAUGAGAACACCGGGUUAUAUCGGUCAGCCACGCAGCAACACAUCGUUUUCCCUCUCGUCUCUCUCCCGCCUCCCCGCUGAUCCUUCAGACGGCCUAUUUCUGACCUCCACAGAAUGGGGGCAGCAGUCAGAAAGCCCUCUGCCCUCCCAGCUUGCCAAUUCUAACCAAUGGGGAAAGUCGGGCUUUCUUGGCCAGCGCUCCAUCAGCAUGGUAGAGACGAGCAGCACCACGGCAGCAAGUCUAGGCUGGCCUGGGACUGACCUAAAGCAUUCCCAAAGUGACAUCAACCCCACUGCACUGAACACUAGCUCUUCCUCAUCCACCUCGUCUAUUUCCACCCCCUCUUCCUCAUCGCGGUAUAAGACUGAACUGUGUCGAUCUUUCACUGAGAGCGGCCUGUGCAAGUAUGGCGGGAAGUGCCAGUUUGCCCAUGGGCCAGAUGAGCUGCGGGAUCUUAGCAGACAUCCAAAAUACAAAACUGAGCCGUGUCGCACGUUUCACACAGUCGGCUUCUGCCCGUACGGGACCCGCUGCCACUUUGUCCACAACAAUGAGGAAGAAAGGAAUCACUCCUUCUCUCGUUCCUGCUCAUCUUCCUCCUCAAGCAUUCCCCAACAGCCACCUUGCUCCUCCCGCUCGCACAGGCCUGCUCUUGUCAGACAGAGCUUCAGCUUUGCUGGGUUUCCCUCUGCUCCCCAGCAAGCACUUCAGCCAGCCCUUACUGCUCACCCUCUUCCUUAUAGUGCCUCCUUUACACGUGCUCCGUCUGCCUCUCCACCUUCCUGCGCCGAUGUUACUGACCUCCUUUCUCAUGCCUUUCUAGAGAUGGAUUCUGCCUUCGAGGCCUCCCCUGCCAGUAGCAACCAGUACCUGCCCCCCAUGGGGCAGGCCACUGCGGCAGAUCCCCAGUCUCCAUUCCUGCCUUCCCCCGACUCUGGCUGUUCUCCAUGUGGGCGCUCUCCGACUGCCUCCCCUUCCCUGAGGCAGAGUCCCAGUUCUACUGGGGUCUUUUCAGGGCCACUUGGUGCCCGAUCCCUGUCCUUCACCUCUCUGUCGGACCAGGACCAGGAUGGAAGCAGCUCUGCUAGCUCUCUCAGUGGCUCGGAGUCCAUCAGUGGCGUUAACGACACCAACGGCAGACGUCUGGCAGUUUUCAGUCAGCUCUCUGUUCCUGAGGAUGCUACCGGGUUCUGCCUUUAGGCUUCAAUGUGCUGGAACACAAACAUUUGCAUACAUUCAGACACAGACAUGCAGACUCUGGAUACUCUAUGUAGACAUAUAUAUAUAUAUGCAUGCAUGCAGUACAUAGUGCCCACACACCUGACCCCUAUAAAUGCACACUUAACCUGUACACACACGCACAGCCGCUGGACUGACACCUCAGACCUUCUGUGUGCCUGUGAUGCUUCAGAGGAAACACAGACUUAGUGACUGACACAGAGAGCUUUUGAGAGAUUAGAUUCAUGUGGUUAAAAUGUUGCUGUUAUAUGAGUAAGGGUAGCCACAGUGAUGUUGAAACUAAAAUGCGUGUUGCCACCAAAACGUGCAUAUCAAAACAGAAGUUUAAUAGUGUUGGAAACGUUUGAUGCUUUAUCAAAAUAGUAUGCAGAGAUGGCAAAUUGCGACAAAGAUAUUGUAAUCCCGGUGUGAUCGGCCUCAGUGCUACCUGUUGCUGAGUCCAACCACACUGUUUAUAUGACAGUUUAUGUUUAGAAUGUGACAAAGCCAAAGACGCCUGUUAGCAGCUCAAACAUUUUGAUUAUGGUGGCACAAACACACAAUGUGACCUAUGUUUAGGAAUAGUUUUUCCAUUCAAUUGUACACAGGAUUGUGUUUUAUAAGCUGGUGAAUUUCGUUUUGUUUUUUCUCCCUCAUAACUGUACAGUCUAAGGUCAUAUUUAGAUCACUGGCCUCGAGCUUGAAUGUUAAUGUUUUUAAACAACUGAAGUGCCUGUAGUGUUAUUCAGCAGGCCAUGUUAAAGUGUUGAAACAAGAUUUGGAGAGAUGUGAGGAUGGGAGUCUUUUUUUUGUUUUUGUGUUGUUGUUUUUUUGUCAUGUAAGCUAGUGUGAGAUUACUAUAAGUGUUGUUCUUCUGUCUAGUGCAUUAUUGACAAACUGCCACCAGUAAAAUGCCAAAUGACCAACGUUAAGGAGGACGAAGGGGGACUCAGUUUGAACUUAACAAAAGAGCCAAGUGGGCUCGAUCAUACUUUCCCAAAUCUCGUGUUCAUGACGUAUCUUUUAACUAUGUGACUUGCCAACUGGAAAAACUGGACAUGGGACAUUUCUAUGGGCUUCUGAUAUGUGUGUUGGCACAAACCGCAGGGAGAGGAUAAAAUCCAUCAAUAUUUAAAAUCAACGAUUGACCAAAAAACAAAAACGCCAUCACAUUAUUGUGCAUCUUAUUUUGUGUAAACUGAUACGAUCUGAACAUGGCUCAAGUUGCAAGGCAGAAGUAAAGUUUAAUCAAGUCAUGUGACAAGUCGUUAUGGUGUUCAUCUGUAUUUUACAUUCUCAAAACAUUCCCAGGAGUGGGAUUUAAUUCCUCCCUUGUCCACAGGCAGCACCAGUGUUACAUUUUUGAUGAAUAGUCAUGUUUGUUUUGUUGUUGUUACUCUUGACACCCACCGUAUUUCAUCUCUCCUCCUUAUUCAGUGUUAAUUCUUCCUGUUACGGCUUUGUACUCUCAUGGAUGUGUAGCGCCUGGUCACUCGUGAACUGUGCAGCCAGGUCCGUUGCCUUACUGAGCUAGACCCAGCGUUCUGUAGGGUUAGGGUAUGUAUGCUUAGUGUUAUAGAAAUUUUACUUGGCUGUUUUGUGUGUUUAUGAUGUAGUUGGUUAGAAGAACAGACACUGUGCUGUUACUGGUCUAUUUAAAAUUGCCUUUUCAUCAACAUGUUUGAAGCCUGUUUAGUGUUAAAGGUGAGACUCUUUAGUAAAUUAAUUUCUUUAAUUUAUUUUAACGUAUUUAUAGAGGACUUUGAGUUGUUAAUGCUUGUAUCAAGUUUAAUAUAUUGCUUUUUUUUGUACGGGGAAAUAAAGUUUUUGUUGUUUUUUUUAAACUGA